UGUGACAUUAUCAGCUGACUCGUUAUCAGUAGGUCCUUAACCAGGCACCAACGUCCAAUAAUAUAGUCAACAACAAGUUUUCAAAAUCGAAUUUCUACUUAAAAAUAUUUUCGAAUUGCAGUCAUUUCGAUAUGGGUGUAUUCCUUGGACUCGGAAGAAAUGUUGCCUACGGACUCUGUAAUUUGACAAGACAGUAUACGACUCCCAGCACUCCAGCAACUCCAAGCCAAACUACAGCCCCAGAUGCGAAACCCUCAUUCGAGUCGAAGGCCAAUUAUCCAUUAACAAAAACAAAAAAAAUUUUGUGUGUUUGGGCAAAAAAAUACCCAUCCGUAAAAGAAACACCCGACAAGAUUACAGCUGAGAAAUGGAACAAAGUAAGGUCUGUAGUGAGAAUCAAAGUAGCAAACUUAACUAUGCUUUUUGUAAUUUUGGGUUGUAUUGGAAUGGUAUAUACUGGCAAACAAGCCCGUGAUAGAGGUGAAUCACUAAAUCAAAGAAACUUAGACUGGCACAAAAAGUAUAGUGAAAGUAAUGAUGAAGAAGUAAAAAAUAUUGGUGUGUUUGGAAAAUAAUGAUACUAAGCGUCAAGAUAAUGUAAUAGAUUUAAUAUUUUUAUUGUACUGAUAAUCACACUUGUUUUCUAGUUAUUGUUUAGGUUCUUGUUUUUGCAGAUGUUUAAUUAAUUAUAAUUACAAUUUCAUAAUUCUAUCUUGUAUACUUCUUAUAAAAAUUAUUUUUAUAAAGAAUUAUAUGUUUUUGUUAUUUUAUUGACAGUAAAUAUUUUACAAGUGAACAGCAAAAAUUAAGAACUAACUUAAAAUACUUUAAUUUAGUAAUACCCAAUUGUAUAAAUUUUUUUAUGUUCGAAAUAAAUAUUUAGAAAGUU